AGUGUAUGCUGCAUCCAGAGAAGUCUGUGAGGCAGUGAAGACAAAAUAGAGCUUGGAGACAGUGAGGCGCUAACAAAAAAUCAUAAGGAAAUCUUGAGGAAAGAGAGAAAAGAGCCUUUUAAAAGAUGAAAUGUGUUGUUCUAUUGCUGAGCCUUCUCUCGAUGGGACACUCGGCUCCUCUGAGCAGCUGUGACACUUUGCUAAAACCAAUACCCAUCAGCACGCAAGAGAUACUGGGAAAAUGGCUGUACGUUGGGGGGAGCUCCCAUCUCCCAGGAAGCCGUUCCCUGAUCCGCUUAAUGACCAGUGUGUGGAUCAAUGUUACUACAACUGCCAGGAGUAACGUCCUGAAUCUCUUUCAGACUCAGAGAAUAUAUGGUGAGUGUUCAAGCUGGAUGUACGAUGUGAUCUUUGAAAACAGCACAAUGUUGAUUGAAGAGCCUUUCUACCUCAAGGAAGUCUACCUGCCAACUGGCUGCUCUGACUGUCUGCUUGCUUAUGAAGAAAUUAUCUCUGGGAAAGAUACUUUUAUCACUCUCUUACUAAUGAGCAGGAAAAAGAGUGUCUCUCCUGAUGUUGUGGAGACCUUAAAGAAGCAAGCAGAAUGUCUCCAGCUGCCACCGCCCAUUAUGAUAGACCCAAACUAUGAAAUCUGCCCUGAUAACAUCCCGCCCUCUGAGGGCCUCAGUGCCAUCAACAAGUUACUAGAAGCCAAGACGGGACAUCGACUUGCAAGAGUUCUGGAUGUUCUUUUUGACCUGUUUGUAAACUGAUCUUUUAUCAGUUUUUACCUGUACUGAAAUUCCCUUUAGUUUAGGUAGAGUUUAUCCGAUACACAACCUAAACGUAUAUUGUACAUAAAUGCAAUAUGAUGAAACUGCAUUAUUGUUUUUAUAUUUUUGAUGAACACAGUGGUAGAAGGAAUAAUUAUCACAUUUUUGUUGUUUUGUUUUGUUAUGCUGUUGAUGCAUGAUAUUGCCAAGAUGUUCUAAAACAUUUUUUCUUCUUGCUUAUU